AUGAAUGAGAUACUUUAUGCUGGUCCUUAUACUAUUAAUAACAAGCCCAUGAUUCUGAAACCUUGGACUGUACAAUUUGAUCUCAAUGCAGAACUAAUGACUGAGAUCCCACUGUGGGUUAAGUUUCCCAAGUUACCUCUGAACUGUUGGGGGUAUGGCUCAUUGAGUAGAAUUGCUAGUGCUAUUGGAACCCCUUUGUUUGCCGACGAGUGUACAACUAAACAGACCAGACUGUCCUAUGCUAGAAUGCUGAUUGAGGUUAAUGUCACAAAACCUCUGCCAGCUGUUAUUAAAGUAUUAGAUCCUAAUGGCCAGGAGAUUUGUCAAGGUAUAGAGUUUGAGUGGAAACCUGAAUUCUGUCCCAAAUGCCAAAGAGUGGGUCACUAUUGCAAAGAACCACCCCCUGCACAGAAGCCAAAAUCACCUAAGAAAAGAAGACAUGGGAAACAAGUCACACAAGAGUGGAAAUCUAUUGGGACAAUUAUACCAGAGAAGGCUGCUACACCUAAUGAAGCCCAGGUGACUAAACCGGUUGAAGUGCACCCUCAGAAAACCCAGGAGAGUGACCAAACAAAGGUAGUUGACAUCCCUAGUUCAUCUACACAGAAGCAACCCUCACCAAGGCCUUCUUCUAAGGGCAAUGCUGUGAAUGCUAGUCCUAUGCUCAAUCUUGUAAAUUUCCCAACACUUCCAGCUGUGUUUACUAAAAAUGGGUUUGAGGUCUUGCAAUUGGGAACCUGUGACACCAAUAGUCUUCCUCCUGAUAAGGGGGGCACAACUCACACAGCCUGA